GUCACGUGACGAAAUCAUCAUGGCGGCGGCCGGAGGCCUGCCAGGCUCCCGGAAGCAGGCUGUGAGGGGCGGGCGCGCUGCUGGAACCCGAGGGAAGCCAGAGCCAGAGCGGGGAGGGCGGCCCGGCGGCCUGGAGCCGGACGUGUCCGGAGUGUCCCCGCAGACCGGGACAGCAGGUCGUCCGGGGGCCCACCAUGCUGGUGACUGCCUACCUGGCUUUUGUAGGCCUCCUGGCCUCUUGCCUGGGUUUGGAGCUGUCAAGAUGCCGGGCUAAACCUCCUGGAAGGGCCUGCAGCAAUCCCUCCUUCCUUCAGUUUCAACUGGACUUUUAUCAGGUCUACUUCCUUGCCCUGGCAGCUGAUUGGCUCCAGGCCCCCUACCUCUAUAAACUCUACCAGCAUUACCACUUCCUGGAGGGUCAAAUUGCCAUCCUCUAUGUUUGUGGCCUUGCCUCAACAGUCCUCUUUGGCCUAGUGGCCUCCUCCCUUGUGGAUUGGCUGGGUCGUAAGAAGUCUUGUGUCCUCUUCUCCCUCACUUACUCUCUAUGCUGCUUAACCAAACUUUCUCAGGACUACUUUGUGCUGCUGGUGGGCCGAGCACUUGGUGGGUUGUCCACUGCCCUCCUCUUCUCAGCAUUCGAGGCCUGGUACAUCCAUGAACACGUGGAGCGGCAUGAUUUCCCUGCCGAGUGGAUCCCAGCUACCUUUGCCCGAGCUGCCUUCUGGAACCAUGCACUGGCUGUAGUGGCAGGUGUGGCAGCUGAAGCUGUGGCUAGCUGGAUGGGGUUGGGGCCUGUAGCACCUUUUGUGGCCGCCAUCCCUCUGCUGGCUCUGGCUGGUGUCUUGGCCCUUCGCAACUGGGGAGAGAACUAUGACCGGCAGCGUGCCUUCUCAAGGACUUGUGCUGGAGGCCUGCGCUGCCUCCUGUCGGACCGUCGUGUGCUGCUUUUGGGCACCAUACAAGCCCUGUUUGAAAGUGUCAUCUUUAUCUUUGUCUUCCUCUGGACACCUGUUCUGGACCCACAUGGGGCCCCACUGGGCAUUGUCUUCUCCAGCUUCAUGGCAGCUAGCCUGCUGGGUUCUUCCCUGUACCGCAUCGCUACCUCCAAGAGGUACCACCUUCAACCCAUGCACCUACUCUCCCUUGCUGUCCUCAUCGUUGUCUUCUCUCUCUUCAUGUUGACUUUCUCCACCAGCCCAGGCCAGGAGAGUCCAGUGGAGUCCUUCAUUGCCUUCCUACUUAUUGAGUUGGCCUGUGGUCUGUACUUUCCCAGUAUGAGCUUCCUGCGGAGAAAGGUGAUCCCUGAGACAGAGCAGGCUGGGGUACUCAACUGGUUCCGGGUGCCCCUACACUUACUGGCCUGUCUAGGGCUCCUUGUCCUCCAUGACAGUGAUCGAAAGACAGGCACUCGGAACAUGUUCAGCAUCUGCUCUGCUGUCAUGGUGAUGGCUCUGCUGGCAGUGGUGGGACUCUUCACCGUGGUAAGGCAUGAUGCUGAGCUUCGGGUACCCUCACCCACAGGGGAGCCCUAUGCCCCUGAGCUCUAACCCUGUUCUAGUACAAUGGGUCUGGGAUGGACUCUGAAUCCCACCUCUCCAGGGUUGUACAGAUCUCACUGUGACUGUCCUGCAGCCGCUCCUGCCAGUGCUUUGUGUUGGGAAGAACAUGGGGGUGAUGGACUGGAAAGGUGCCAAAAGUUGACUCUGUUACUCCCUUUCCCCUUUCCAUUUAAAAAUAAACACUUUUAAUGGAUUA